AUGGCUACCCUGUACGUGGAGCUCCGGCACCAGGCGGACGCGGUCGGCCCCAGUAGAAGUGCUAGCAGCCCCAGCAGUCCUGCAGGAUCCUCGGGCGUAGUUCGCCCGGCCGCCGCGGCCGGGGAAGUUGUAGACCCGCCAGCGGAAGCAGGCGGGGCAGCGAGAGCAACGCCGAAGGCCGCCGCUACAGGGAACACGAAUUUGACGACUAAACAGGAAAAUGACCGAAUAAGAAAUACCCCGAGGGUAAUCCGCGUGGAAUUCCCCGAGAACGACCCGCGGGUGAAGAAAAGUGGGCAGCAGAGGAUCAUCGAGCGGGAGGCUUUGCUGCUGCAGUUGGAACGGGACCACGGCAUCCCGCCCCUGGCGUGCGAUGUGUACGCCAACAUUCCGGGCAGACAGGUAAAGGAGCAGGUGGAGGACCGAUUUGUAUUGUGCAAAAAGGAUCUCAACGCUGAUCACGACUCGGACGAGCCGCACAAUCCGAAGAGACCCCGGUCCUCGGGCUCUACCGGCGCCAAUGGAGCCAUGGACGCGAAGGGUGGAACCGAGGCGGCCAAAGCAGUACCCGUAGCGGGGGCCGCAGCAGAGGCCCCGGCCGCAGUAAAACCGGAGGAGGCGCAGCAGCCGGCGAAAGAGAAAAAAUCUUAUGUACUUCGCUGAUUUGAACUUGUAUAUUGAUUGUAGUACUACUUCUAGAUCCGAUUCAGCUAACCAAAGAAGGUGACAUGCAUCGUGAAUCUAGUUGAGAGACAUGAAUAUUGAAGAAAUGUGUUUCUAGAAUGCUAUAAAACUCUCGUACUGCUGUAAACGCGAUCGCGCCAAGGAGAAUUGAACGACGAGCUUGCAGCGUCACACAGAGAUUUUUUUUUAACAGGCCUCGAAGAUCGUCGACAACGUGCGUACCUUGCGUGGCAUGGCAAAUAACAUGUUCGGCACUAACGGCGACGCCCAGGACCAGCUCUCCACACGGCCGAAUAGUGGUAUUCUGCUACUGUCGGACAGUUUAUUCAUUGGGUUGGAAAAUUUUGAAGGGAGACCGACAAAGAGAAAUACGAUGCAUGACCAACUUGAACAUAGAGAUUAAGGCCUCUUCAAACACAAGGUAUGAGCACCCGGCCCAGCACGGCGGGCACGGCGGAGUUUCCCGUCGAAGGUAAAAUUGUGUACGACCUCAAGACAAAGCACCUCUUGACAAGAGGCAAAACUAUAGAUACAAAGGCAUGGAUUCCCAUUGACCUCUUCUGCUCCGCUGCGCCUGGGGAUCUUGCGACCCAGAUCAACAGCAUCAUGGCCAUCGGCGACAUCGCAGAACACUGCAAGGCUUACGUACAGAAAAUUGAAAUUGCAUUUUGAUUUCACAGUAGACGACCCGACAGUGACGACAGAGACGCAGACUUCAAUAAUUGUCAUUGCUGCUUUUUUUUACUAGCAGGGAAAGUAAGAAUCUGAAUCACAAUCAAUUGUGACAAUGAAUAUGAACCCUUUCCAGGUGUAUCUGCGCCUCUGGACAGAAUCGUAUGGCGAGGAACUUUGGGCCAGAGUAGAAGAGCCACUUACCAAAGAGGAUCAAGAGAUCGGCCUGGCAAAGGAUACGAUCAACCAGAUUCACAAAAGUGAAUUUGUACGGGAAAACAAAGCCCAUCCCUAACACGACCGCGCACGAAUAAACUUGCAUAGGUCAACAUGCUUGCAGUAGUCUCACACAUGCGACGAGGGCCGACUGGCUCGUUAAAUUCCUUCGUGUAUGGUAUCAUGUCGUCGUGUAUCGAGGGUCCCGGGAGCUUGAGCAAUCAAGAACUUCUUGUGCGCGAGUUGUAUGCCGCGAUGGACUAGGUUUUUGUUGAUAAUAUUUUCCGAACAACAUGCUUCAGCCGAUAUCGGAGUACUUCAUAGCGGGCGCCUCGAAGAAUCGCAGUCAUUAUCUCAUGCAAGAGUACCAGUAUACGCCGCCCACCGCGGAAGAAAAGGACGACCCCACCCUGGGGGAGGCCGCAAGGGAACGAGCGAGAGCUGGGCGUGAGCAACUUACGUACCAUGAGUUCUUGCGGUGCGUGUUCUUGUCCACCAUGGAGGUCUCGAACGAUUUUCAGAAUGCGCACUGGAAAGACAUGCCCAGUCUCAAGCCCAUGCAGCUGGCCUGUCUGGUAUACCGACCUCUGGCUGAAAUUUGCAGAGUCAUCGGGUACUAUAGUCUUGUACGCAGUUCGUUUUGUUGUAAAAACUUUUCUUCGACGUCGUUUAACACAAGCACAAAAUAAUCCUCGCAGAAAGGGAAAAACUGCACCAUAAUAAAUGCACCAUGACCACCAGUUUCCAGUUUGCGUUUAUUUUUGUUUUAUCUGGUGGGUGCCCAGCCAGCGCAAGCCCGUACAAUAAUUUUCCAUCAUGUUCAUGCAGCUUUGGCCGCCGAGUGCUUCAGAUCCUCAUCAAUGCGCCCAAGGACGCGGACAUCGCUGUGCAGGACCGCUAUAAGUACCUGGGAAGGACUAAGAAGGGAAAACCCGUGUGCACGGAAGAGCCCUGGCACAUGUGCACCCCUGAGUGGAGGAAGAAAAAGCUGCGGGAAUACUUCAAACUCGGUAUGCAUUUCGGCACGUCCUCGUUGAUCAUGACUGUGAUUGCGUGCCAUUUUCUUUUUCCCCCCUCGUAUGCGUAGAUUGCGAUCAGCUUUGUCUAUCCCUUUGCGUUUGUUUUUGGUUCGAAGCUCACGUUGCUCCGCACUCCUGAUCUUGAUGUUGUUCAGAGCCAAGAAUUAUGAAGAGAUGCUUUUAUUCAUCUACUCAUUUCCACAGGAACCGAAGCAGGUCAUCGUGUCGACUUCUGGGACCAAGGGCUGACAUCGACACCAAUACAAGUGUACGAAUUGGCGACUGCAAUCCUUCACUGCUUGUAUCUCAAUUCCGGAAUCUUUCCCGCUUCAUCAACUGCAGCGACGAAUGCGUACUAAAAUGAGUUGGUGUUCUUGUAGAGCAGGAGCUUUCUGUAAUAAUAUCACGGCUGUGAUGUACAUCUAGUUCAAAUACGGAAAUGGACCUAUACAAUAGAUACCAAUCGACUUUAACCCGAAUCACGGUUGAAUCUCAAUAAACUUCCUGGUUGGGCGAUGGAGACAAUGAAAAAAGAACUUGAACAAGCAGUACGCUAAAACUGCGACAAGAGCACGAUCAUUUUUGCUCCCCUCCUCGCUUUUCGCAGCGAAGAAGGUAAGAAGUGAUGAACCUUUCAUUUCUUAUGGACCAAAAAAACCACUGCAGAGCUUCGUCUCCGGUGUCGCUCGGCACACCGACAAGUACCAAUAACGCGCAGCUUUUUCCGGGGGCCGCGACCAGCGGACUGGUGAGCGAAGAUGUCGAGAUGACCGCUGCGGGCAGCGAGUUUAUUUCGUGCGACGAGGGAAGCACGGCGACGAGCCAGACCAAGGAGGCUGCUGCGGCCACCGCAGCGGCCAAGGCAAGGAGGAGAAAGUACCUGCAGAUUUUGCUUCCCGACUACGCCCGGCUAGUGUUAAACUUGGUCGCGGAGCACAAAGAGGCGCAAAGGCACAAGCAAAACAGCUACAACAGAGGUGGUAAUAACCGACAGGACGACGAGCAGCGAGAAAAGGUGUACAAGAGCCUGAUGAAGCAGACGAGGGAGCUGGUCGAGAAGCUCUGCAAAAGUCUCCCCGCAGGUGAGCCCGCAGCGGUGAGCGCCAAGGCCUCUCCGGUAAGUAAAGCGGCUAGUAGCGCCGGCGCAUCCAAAGACAGCGCCGCUGGUAGCGGGGGACCUCCCUCGGUCGAACAAACACAACUGGAGGCAGGGUUGCUGCUCGCGUUGGAAGACGCACCUAUGUUGCGGCUCAAGGAUUUUAUCGACGUAGCUACCCUGGUCAUGUGGGUCGAGGGAAAGCAGGACAGCGAAGGUUGGCAGAAAACAAGGCAAACCUUCCUGAAAGUGCUCUUCAAGCGAACGGUAUUAAUACAAAUUCAUGAUAGAGACCGAUGUUGAUGGUCGUCCCUCGUCGUGAUUCGAUCGUAAGCUGAAUUUUUGUGCUCUGAACCAAUGGGACUAUCACCAUUUUUGCGCACAGUUCUUGUAGUAAGAAAAGACUGCUGCAAUAAUUGCAAACUGCUGCAAAUGCAAUUGCAAACAGUCAAAUCGUGCGAACUUUGAAAAUCAAAAGCCUUUUUGAGGUAAAACAUUUAUGACUGUGUGUCACAGGCGAACCAUUUUUGCACGGAGGCCGACAAAGUGAUCAAAUGGGAAAAGAAAGUGAAGGUGGACGAGGUGGAGGACUUGUGUGGAAAAAUCGAGAAAAUGCCACCACCCUUCCAGGAGUACAAUGCGAGCAGGGCACGGUUCGAUAAGCAAAGGGCGCACCGCUGCGAACAUGUAUUGCCAACUAGAUUUUGCUUUGUUUUUCGGGAACUCACAAGUAGAGUAUAAGGCGAAAUAAACGAAUGACUUGGAAUGCCAUCCUCAGCGCCGAAAAUGAAUUAAGUAAGUAAUUCGGGUGGUACAGAAACCGCGUUGAGUUUUGUUAUGCUGACCGUAGGAAUCGUAAUCGAAAUGAAAAAACGUUUUAGGACCGCGUUCUGUCCGCGUUUCAUUACGAAUGGAGCAGUGCAGAUUUUUUCACCAUGCACUGGAUUUUGGACGUGGACAAGUUCGGCAUUGUGACGCAGGCGUGGAAGGAUGAUAUGGCUCACCGCAUCUUUGAAAAGACGGAACAGGAGCGAGUGCGCCGGUUUACCACGGGCGGCCAGGAUGGAUGGGAUCAGUGGUGCGUGGUGAUAUACGACAGAAUCAAGGAAAGACUGAGCGGUGCGCAAGAUCAGGUCGCCUUGCUUUCCGAUAUCAUCCAAACCGGGCACCAGAACUUUUCGGUUACUCUUGCCCUGAAAAAUGGCAAUCCCUCGUACGGGGACCCGGCGACACACUACAAAAAUAUGUUGCGCCGCGACUUCGGAGAAAAUAUCCGGAGUAUCAAGCAUAACGACGGUGAAGAAGAAAAGACCAGCUCGAACGAACAGCAAAUGGAGGUCGAGAACAUGGACACCCCAACAAACGUCAUUGGACCGCAGCUCCCGCCGAUGGAGGAUUGAACGGGAGUUGCGAUUUUCUCCUCAAUGAUAAAGAUAUAGGAAUGAAAGCGGCACGGCCACUUGCAAGUGGCUUCUUUAAACCACGUCGGCUACUAUUUGACUACAGAUUGAUUUUUACGCUAGAUUGAUUAUGACAUCACCUUUUCAUGGUUUAUUUCUGUCUGUCUCUCUGUUACCUACUUACGAAGAACAGACGCUCGGUUUUUCUCAGUUUUAUUUGGGUCACUUGUGCGACGAAAACGGUUUAUUUUGAAAGCGCGAAGGUAAACAUUUUGCGAACAAAAAUUCCCAGCAACAUUGGGUGGCACGUUGGUUGGUAUGAAUUGCCUAUCACAUAUUAGCGACAUGGUAUCAUGGUUCAAAGAAAGAAUUUCGAACUACGAAAUGUAUUUUUGUGUACUACGCAACUUCCACAACCUUCAGAAAAGGAUUUUUCUUCACCACAUAGUUCGAUACUUAAAUGAAAUCCGUAUCUGACCAUGUGAUAGGGAAAGAAUGAAUAAUGACAUGACAACAUCAUCCCUGACUUUUUU